UCUGCUUUCCCGAGGGUGCCUGGGUGGUUGUCUUGGUGACCGCUCCUAACGGUUCUGGGGCCCGGGUCCCUUGGUGAGGGGUGGCAGCCCGAGGGGCCGGUCGGAGACGCUGUCGGUUCCUCGCCGUGUGUGAGGCGGGCUGGGUCGCUGGCGCCUGGGAGGUAGAUUUCAGCGGUCCGUGUUCCCUUCCUUCCCGCUCGCGACAGAGAACGUGGUUUUUCACCGUAUGUAAGCUGGAUGUUUCUUUCUGAUCUACAGAAGAUUGGCCCAUAAAAAAAAUGAUGUCUCGAAAAAUUCCUAAGGAGUCAAAAAAAGCAAACUUCUCUAGUUCUCUGGAAUCUGAAGAUAUUAGCUUAGAAACAACCAUUCAUACCGAUGAUAUUUCCUCAUCCGAAGAGCGAGAUGGUAAAGUCAAAAUCACCAGGCAGUUAAUUGAACGAAAAGAACUACUUCAUAAUAUUCAGUUACUCAAAAUAGAGCUUUCCCAGAAAAAUAUGCUGAUUGACAAUUUGAAAAUGGAUUAUCUUACAAAGAUUGAAGAGUUGGAGGAAAAGCUUAAUGAUGCACUUCACCAGAAGCAGCUCCUAACUCUGAGAUUAGACAACCAGCUGACUGUUCAACAGAAGGAUGCCAAAAAAUAUCAAGAACUAAUGAAACAAGAAAUGGAAACCAUUUUGUUAAGACAGAAACAACUAGAAGAGACAAAUCAUCAGCUAAGGGAGAAAGCUGGUGAUGUGCGUCGAAACCUACGUGACUUGGAACUGACUGAAGAGCAGUAUUCAAAGUUGAAAUCUUUCCCUGAAGAUCAGCUUUCUAUUCCAGAAUAUGUAUCUAUUCGGUUCUAUGAGCUAGUGAGUCCACUAAGGAAGGAGAUCUGUGCGCUACAAAUGCGAAGGAGCAGCCUCAACGAGGAGUUAAAUGCCAAUAAAGAGCAGCUGAAACAACUGACAGAGACAUAUGAGGAAGAUCGAAGAAACUACUCUGAACUUCAAAAUAGAUGUCAACGUUUGGCCUUAGAACUAGCUGAUACAAAACAGUUAAUUCAGCAAGGUGACUACCGUCAAGAGAACUUCGAUAAAGUCAAGAGUGAGCGGGAUGCUCUCGAACAGGAAGUACUUGAAUAUAGGAGGAAGCAUGAACUACUAGAAGCCUCCCACAUAACUCAAGCUAAAGAAAAAAAUGAAUUAUCUAAAGAGGUCACCACCUUACAGCAGACCGUUAGCCUGCUGCAGAAGGACAAGGAGUACCUCAACCGGCAAAACAUGGAGCUCAGCGUGCGCUGUGCCCACGAAGAGGAUCGCCUUGAAAGACUCCAAGCUCAACUGGAAGACACCAAGAAGGCCAGAGAAGAGAUGUAUGAAAAAUAUGUGUCAUCCAGAGACCAUUAUAAAACUGAAUAUGAAAAUAAACUACAUGAUGAACUGGAACAAAUCAAACUGAAAACUAAUCAGGAAAUUGAUCAGCUUCGAUGUGCCUCUAGGGAAAUGUAUGAACGAGAGAACAGACACCUUCGAGAAGCAAGGGAUAAUGCUCUGGCUGAAAAGGACCGAGCAAUGAUGGCCGAGAAGGAUGCUAUAGAAAAACAUGACCAGCUCCUAGACAGGUACAGGGAGCUGCAAGUUAGCACCGAAAGUAGAGCGGCCGAGUUUCUCCACCAAAGUAAGCUGAAGUCCUUUGAGCGCGAGCGGCUUCAGCUCGUCCAGGAGGAGACAUCAAGAACUCUCACACAGUGCCAGCUGGAGUGUGAGAAAUACCAGAAAAAGUUGGAGGUUCUAACUAAAGAAUUUUAUAGUCUUCAAGCCUCUUCUGAGAAGCGGAUCGCUGAACUUGAAGCACAGAAUUCUGAGCAUCAGGCAAGGCUAAACAUUUACGAAAAAUUGGAAAAGGAGCUUGAUGAAAUAAUCAUGCAAACAGCAGAAAUUGAAAAUGAAGAUGAGGCUGAGAGGAUUCUUUAUUCCUAUGGCUAUGGUGCUAAUGUUCCCACAACAGCUAAAAGACGACUGAAGCAAAGUGUUCACUUGGCAAGAAGAGUACUUCAGUUAGAAAAACAAAAUUCACUGAUUCUAAAAGAUCUGGAACAUCAAAAGAACCAUGUAUCCCAGCUUUCACAAGAGCUUGACAGGGCCAACGCACUGCUGCAGCAGACCCAGCAACCGUACAGCUACCUCAUCGAGUCCGUGCGGCAGAGAGAUGCCAAGAUUGACGCGCUGAUGAAGUCCACAGCCCAACUUGAGAGCGAUGUCAGCACUUUAAAUAAAGAAAAGUCGGCUCUACUCCAGACGAAGAACCAGAUGGCAUUCGACUUGGAGCAGCUUCUAAACCAUCGCGAGGAAUUGGCAGCAAUGAAACAGAUUCUCAUUAACAUGUGCAGUAAACAUUCGGAGAACAACUUACUUCUUACUAAACCAGAAUCAAAAAUUAUGACAGAAAAUCAGUCUUCAAAAACUUUAAACAUGCCUAGAGAACAUGAAGGCAAUGUAUUUAUACCCAAACCAACACUCUUUACGAAAAAGGAAGUACCCGAAUGGUCUAAAAAACAAAAGAUGAAGACCUAGUGUUCUGUGGGGCUGGACUCCAGGUCACAGCCUCCUGUUCCAUGAGCGCGUCCUACCCUGCGCUGCGUCGCCUCCAGGACCCAGUACAUUGGAUUACUGUGACAUCAUUCACUUGAAGUUCUUUUCCCAAUGGAAAAGAAAACUUACUUUAAUCAUGUACUUGACAUUUUCAAUAUUAGUAAUUUAAUGUUUAUUUUAACUAAUGUUAAAUCCACAAAUUUCAGUGUAAUCAAAAAUGUAUAAAGCA